CACGACCUCCGCCACCACUACCAGUAUCACUAUCCCCUGCACGACAUGCUCCUCAACCACGACCUCCGCCACCACUACCACUACUACCACCCCUUGCAAGACAUGCUCUUCAACCACGACCUCCGCCACCACUACCAGUAUCACUAUCCCCUGCACGGCAUGCUCCUCAACCACGACCUCCACUACCGCGGCACCAUGCGAGACAUGCAGUUUAACCACGACUUCGACCUCCAAUACCCCUGAGGAGCCGACUGGUUCUUCAAACCCCCCUGUUCCACCAGUUGCCACCACUCUUCAUCCCGCCCCCCAGCCUACAGGAGACUCGCCCGGCUCAUCCAACCCUUCCACUGGAGGACCAUCGGACAAUAGCGGCUCUGUCCCAGGUGGAUCUGGGACGGAUUCAGGCUCGGGGACCAGCCACGGUACCUCGACCGCACCGGACACUCCCCUGUUUACUGGAGCGGCGACUAGGCAGCUAGUUGAUUCCUCCUUCGCCGGUGCAAUGGUUCUUGGUGCAAUUAUAGUUGCUUUCUAAGCCGUUAGUGGUUCAACAACCCCAGUCAAUUUUCCUUAUGAUCUUCUAAUGCUCAUUACUGCUCAUUACCUUGUUUGGACAACCUAUGGUUUGUGUGAGUAUGUUACUAUUCUCUACUCAUAUAUUACCUGUCAUUUCAAUCAUGUCGGAUAUAUCUUACAAACAUAAUUCACUAUUAGCAAAAAAAAAAAAAAAAAAAAA